UUUUUUUUUGUGAAUGGAGCUCCACAUCCUUUUUGGCGCGAGCGCGCGCUGGCAGCUUGGCUGGCUGAGCUAAAAUUAGCCUCGUGCCGGAUUUUUCUGUCUGCGUGCGGCAAGCGGCAGCAGCAUAUGUGGAUCAGAAUCCGAAUUAACGAGGGUCUAAACUCAACGCACGCACUCACGCACGCAUGUCUGGGCACGCGCUCAUACACGCUACCGGUGAAUAGGACAGCAGCUACCACCGCGCCGUGCCCCAGGACGUCAUGCACCACUUUUAGAGAUGUUCUAAAAAUAGAAUUUGUUGAUGAUGGUUUUGACUGUGAUGAAAUUGAACAUCUUCUGUAUCCGGCAUCUUUUAGCUAUGAUUCUCUCCCUGGCCGCAGUAGCAGCCAUGAGUAGCGGCAGCGGCAGCAGCCUCAACUCCUCCUCCCCCCUCGACCCCUUCGACUCCUCCACCUCCUGGAGCCUAGCCGAGGACCCCUCCAACUCCUCCUCUGAACCCGUUGUGCGAACUCUGACCCCUGACCUCCAGCCAGCGACCACCGCUGUCGCCGUCCAGGAAGUCAACCCCUGGGAUAUCGCGCUUUGCGUGACUGGAACUCUCAUCUCCUGCGAGAACGCUCUGGUGAUCGCUGUGCUGUUCUACACGCCGACGCUCCGCGCUCCCAUGUUCAUCUUGAUUGGAUCACUGGCGGUGGCAGAUCUUCUGGCCGGCCUGGGCCUCAUCUUGAACUUUGUCUUCACCUAUUUGGUCGACAGCUCGGUGGAGUUUGUGACACUGCUGUCGGUCGGACUGCUCAUCUCGGCGUUCUCGGCAUCUAUCCUCAACAUUCUCGCCAUCACGGUGGACCGCUACCUGUCGCUGUACAACGCCCUGACCUACCACACUGAACGGACAGUCACCUACACCUACGUGAUGGUUGCCCUCAUCUGGGUGCUGUGCCUCACGCUCGGCUUGCUGCCAGCAUUCGGUUGGAACUGUCUGCGGGACGAGUACACGUGCAGCAUCUGCUGGCCCGUCACAAAAAUAAACGCCGUGGUGCUCGCCGUCACCUUCCUGCUCGUCUUUGCCCUGAUGAUGCAGCUCUACCUGCAAAUCUGCAAGAUCGCCUUCCGCCAUGCGCAGCAGAUCGCCGUGCAGCACCAGUUUGUGGCCAUCUCCACCACCAAAGGUGUUUCCACACUGUCGGCCAUCCUGUGUGCCUUCGGGGCGUGCUGGCUGCCGUUUGCCAUGUACUCCAUCGUGGCCGACUCCAGCUACCCCAUAAUAUACACCUACGCCACAGUCCUCCCAGCCACCUGCUGCUCUGUGAUCAACCCCAUCAUCUAUGCGUUCCGAAACCCGGACAUCCAGAAGUCGCUGUGGAUGGCCUGUUGCGGAUGCGUCCCGUCCAACCUCUCGCUCAGACCCAGGACCUCCAGUGAUGUGUAGCAGGGAAAGGUUGGUUUCUGUCUGGCAUGAUGCUCGACUGCUGAAUCAGGGUUGUAGGAGGGAGAGGACGAACUGGGAACAAGAGAUCAGGAGGUGGAAGGUAAUGGCUGAGGAAAGAGAUUUCCUCUACUCUUCAUAUCAGGGCUGGUAGGCUGAUGGCGAACGCACGGCUGGCCACAGUGAAAGUGGCAGUGGGACAUGUAGAAGCGAGGACAGUGCAUGGUCAAAAAAAAAAAAGAUAGAGCUAAUACAGAUUGUGUGGCUUGGAGAAAACCAACAGAGGGAUGGAUGUGACGUGAAACCAACUGCAAAAAACCUGAUUGAGGUUUCCUCAUGGUGAUUGUAGGAGAGGCUGGGGUGCGUCUUUUGACUUUUUUAACUGAGAGGAGUAAGGCCUACUUCUCAAGAGUAGCAUAUAGGUGACGGAGGGGUUUAGGAAGAAAUGUCCUCAAAUCUCAAUAGGACCUAAACUUGGGCAACACUGCAUGGUUAUGCAAUCAGAAGGAGGGAAGCAGUCUUAAAAUACUGUAUGUGUUUUAACUGAUGUGUUUGAAAAGUGGCGUGUGGAUAAAAAUACAAUGAGCUAAAUAUAGACAACGAAUGACCUUGAGUAUUCUCAAUGAGCUAUCUUUGCAGGCAUCUCCUGACAGGAAAAAAAAAAAAAACAAGAAUAUUUCCUCCCUUGAACAUAUUGUAACAACGAUGUUCCCCUUGAUCUGAUGCAGAUUCAGUAAUUAGUGAGUUUAUAGAGAGUGCAACAAUAAUUCAUUCUUAUGUGCUGAGAUUGAAAUUAGAUGGUGUUCAUUGACAUUGAUAGUCUACUGGGCCCAUUUUCCCAACGCCAACAGCACAAUCUGCAUCUUGUCAAACACAUUUUGUGUGCAUGAAGUUGGCGAAAAAUCUGUCACAAUUGAGAGAAACAGCUCCUCAUCACACCCCCUAAAAUUAAAUCUAAUCUACGCGGCUCCUAAUGCAUAGAUAACACUGCUAGUUUGCAAAACCUAGAGAGGGGUUUCCAAAUUUGGGCCACCGUGUCUUUCCUUGAUUUGAUGAAAUCAAAUAUGCUCCCCCGUCUAAGAAAAACGGUUUUCUCAGCCAGCCAGUGUGCCGUGACUGUGAAGCCGUGACUGUGAAGCAGAGAGAGCUGAAUUCAGCACCAAGGACAGCGCCACUGCAGAGCGCAGUCUGCUACCCUGGGAAUGCUCUCUGCGGCGGGGGGGGGAAGAGCGCUGGAAAGUAGGCUACACUGUGCUCUACACCAUCUUGAUAGGGAAUGUGAGAUGGGUUUUAAAGGGCCAUUCCAGUGGAGUUUGAUUGCUCAUUUGCAAUACAUUCAGUGUCAAUUGACUUUUGUUUUCAUGCAUACAUGAUGGCUUAAGGUAUUUUGAAAUCCUUUUUUGCUAGAACUGCAUAAUUCACCUGAUUCAGUCCUGAAAAGACAAACAAAACAUCAUGAUGUGUCUGAUUUGGCCAUAAAGCUAGUCUAUCACUGUGACUCAGAGAGCAGCUUCCAGUUUCUGCUUGUAAGCAAGGCCACCGGGAACGAUAUCAAAGAGUAGCUAACGUCAAACAACAGUCAAUCAAGACAAAUCAAAAUGCUUUCCCCAGCUAUUAUGUGAAAUGAAAUGGUAGCACCUCAUUUUACACAAUAGUGGUUCAUAUUUUCUUUAAAAGAUAUUUUACUAAUAAAACAGUUCCAAUGAAGGCAAUAAAACACUGAAAAUCAUUCUACAAUGACGUUUAAAAAAGCAAGGGACUACAGAAAAUGCCUCCAGUCAUGCUCAAAUUAUCCUUAAAUAUCCUCUUGAGGUCCUAUAGCGCGACUACGACUCGGUUCUCUCUAUCCUCCAUCGUUCUCUGGCCUCUCUUGUAUCUCAGCAGCACAAAUUAUGCAUGAGAAAAGCAAUGUAUGGCCCCAGGAGUGCCAGUAAAGCAAGCCUUCCGACAUAUGCAAGGUGAAAGCAGCUGAUGUUUUUCAGACGCAAAGGGGACCUGGACGUUUAUCUGCAUCUGCAGAACGCCUUUUCAGCUCUAAAUUUAGAGACAGCAUUAUAACUCCAUUGCCCGAUUGAUUAUUCAUUAGCUAGAGGAAGAGCUGAGCACAAUCCAUAUUGAAUAGGUCAUUUUUCAUGUAGACGGCUUUGGUUGCCUAGAGUACAUUCAAGUUGUACUUGGAUACUACCAUAGUUCUGCAAAAAACUCUAGACUGGAUAGUUUUUCCAUUGCUAUGAAAUAAAAAAAAACACAUUCAGUACUUUAGUCACAUUAUAAGGAAUAUUAAGGGGAAAUGGCAAAAGUCGAUAUGAACAGCAUGAAUUCAAAAAUCUAUAAUAAUGCUGUAAAACAUGAGCAUCAGAUGGUCUAAAUUCCUCUGGCUUGUGCUUUACGCCUUCCAUUUUCACUUCCCUACUGGCAGUAGCUGGAUAAUCGCGCGCGCGCGCGCACACACACACACACACACACACACACACACACACACACACACACACACACACACACACACACACACACACACACACACACACACACACACACACACACACACACACACACACACACGAAUAAGCAGUGCAGCUCUGCCCCGGGGCCCUUCUAAAGGCUCGGCAGGUUAAUGAGAAGCGAGAGAGGCGAGGUGACGUGGCGUGAAAUAAAAACGCCAGGCGAGACGCGCUUUAGCUUAACCUCAGGUCACGUCCACCACACACCCAAUCAGGAUGAAGUCAUUUCCCACUGAAAGGGCAUCAUGUAAGUUAAAUCCAGCUAAUGUUAAUAACAACUCGGUAAUAAUGGCGCCGGGAAUUGGCCUAAUGUACAGAGGAUGUAGUGAGGAUGAACAGGAGAGGGGAUUUAUUGCCAACCUCUAUCUGCAUUGAAAUGAUCUACGGAGAUAGUUUUCACUUGCGUUCCUCUGCACAACCUCACAGAGAGGAACCAUGACUAAGCUGUUGGCAUGCUGCCAAUAUACAUGAGUGGGAGGUGUUCUGGCUUUGGGAAAAUAGUUCAUAGAAACUGUAUAGUUUCAAUCUAUAAAAGUCACUCAACUCAAUACUAGAAAAAGAAAAUACACGUUGACAGAGAGUCACUUCAAAAUUCAACGCUUUCUACCAAAUAAACCACAACAAUAGUCAACAGCAAAGAACACACUUUAAAAAUGGCUCUCAGGAGAAGCAGGUAUUAAGAUUUUUUCUAUAGUGUAAAUUAAAACUUAGAGUAGAAUUGUUUUCUAUUUUCCUCGGGCAGCAGCAAACAAUCAGUUGUUGUUUUGUUGGCAGAACAACAGUUACACUUACUCUGUCAAUGUUUUUAUUUGAAAAGGCAGACUCUCUUGUGUCUUCUUUGUUUUUUUGACCUUAUUGGAACAAAAACUCCUUUGCAAUAAUGUCCAACUUUAUUUUGCUGUGUACAAAAAGCCACAAUGUAGAAAAAAGAGAGAAAGAAAGACGGAGGUGGUGGGCUCUGAAUGGUUUGCAGAAUAACUCAAAGUCAGUAUUUCAAAGCAACAAAUAGCACAUUGUACUGUAUUUAAUGGGAAUGUGGCCUGGCUGACUGGCUGGCUGUUUUUUAUCCUCCAAAAGACAUUUCAGCAGGAGCGAAUCAUGGAAGUAGGACAAACCUAAAUAUGAAGCAAAUGCUCCAUUUCCAUUUAUAGAUGGUGUUUUGCAUACAGAGAUCUUGCAAUACUUUUUUUCCUCACUAAAAUUAGCUUUAUUUUCAUGUUCGCAGUAGCUUCAUUAGUGUUAGAUGUCUCAUUUUAUAAUAUAAGAGUUACAAAAAACACAUCUGAAAGUCAGCUGUUAAACAAGUCGACCACAUCCCUCUCUCGCUCUCUCUUUUUGCUCAAUCAAUGCAUUGACGGAACUGCCUAACGGUAAAAGACUUGCAUCAAUUAUUAAGUGAAAUACUUUCAAUUACUCUGAGGCUGAAAACAUGAGAUGGAUGGAGUUUGCUACUUUUGGCAAGCUUGGUGAACUGCAGCACUGUGGGUGACAUGACUCACCAAACUACUCGAUCCCAGAGAGAUAAUUAAAUCCAUUUCACAUAGGAAUCUGAUGCAGAUGGCACACAGUUCUCCUCCUGUACGCACAAUGACGUGUGACACUUGCUUAGUCACCUGUGUUUGGAGAUGCUAGAUGGGACACACAGAUUACAUUUUAGACGAGGUUAGUGUCACAUCCGGCACAGUUUCUAUAAAACAGCCAUGUAACACUGAUGGAGAAUCUGCACUAGCUUGGCUAAUGCUAUUCAAGCUGUCCCUCUGUUUUACCUCCCUAUUAAAAAUUGAUCAAACUCAGAUUCAAUUAGGAUCGUGAAUCAGACUUGGAUUAAACAGAAAUGUAUUUUCGUGGUUCGUUUUAGCCUCUGUCUGCGACAGAUGGCUGUGCCUUACAGCGUAUCUCAAUGACAAAUGUCAAAGGUUUUAGUCAUGGGAAGUCAUCAGCUUUUGGCUGCAGUUAAAGCUCAGUCACACAAACUCUUAAAAUGGAAAAAUAUCCCAGCAAAAUCUAUUUAUUUCAAUGGAAUCAGCACGAUCAGAGUAUUCCCUCAUAAGGAUUGCUGCACCAUUCACUUUUAAUUAACUCUCCUCUGUUAGAGCAUAAACAGAGUUAACAAGCCUUUUUUAUAAUAACUCUAUUGAAUGAAAUGACGUACAAUCCAAAAGACAAGAAAAAGAGGGCCGUCCACACCAUGAAUGAUAACUGUAAUGAAAACAAUAAAGAUGUGAGCAUCCACACUGAUAAACGAUAACGUUCUGUAAACAGUGGCGUCGAGUACUCACUGCACGCACCAGCUGUGUCGGAGCUCCAGAAUGGAUAUUGAUGACAUGUAACUGCUGUAUAUUGUGCAGAGAAAGGAAAAGAAAAGCAGAAGGGUUUGGGUUCACGAAAUUCUUCAAAGGCGAGAGAAAUUAGGGAAAACCAACACGCUACUGUUACUACAGUCGUCUUUUGACAAAUCGUAUUUAUGAUUUCUGAUAGGAUUGGGCAUUGUGAACCAGUGCCAUCUUCGAAUCGUUUCAAAAAUCAUAAUUCCAAUGGAAGCGUUUUUUUUUUAGUUUUUUUUUUUUAUUGGAAUCGUUCGGAAAAUUUGGUUUAGAAUCGCAUUAUCGGUUCCAAAUUUAACACGGGCAAGUUUUCGUAGCGGCCAGCGUACUUCCUGGCGUUUGUUGCGUUGCAGCCAUGGAGCACAGUAAACGGCGCUCUAGUGUGGCUUUAUUUUACGUUGAAAAAGCCCGGUGAAACUGUAAAUCACCAUUGAAUUUAAAAAAAAAUGUUUCCCUCUAAUCUGUGAAAUAGGCAUGUGACCAGUUUCUACUCCACCCCUCAAAGAGUUGUAAUCGAGAGUAGAUAAGAACCACAAUCGAAAGGAACAAUCGGAAAUGGAAUCGGAAUUGUUAAAAUCAAAACGAUGCCCAACCCUACUUUUGGAUGAGUCAACAUCAACGUGAUGGUUGGUAUCCUGGCAAUCAUCAAAGAGGACAUCAGUACAUUCGGAUGGAUUUUGAUUGGCUGUCAGUGUUUCUAUUGUUCAUCCAAUCGCUCCGAAAGUGAACUCAACGACAUCGUUCACCGCUGCCGUUGUCGUCAUAGUUGUGUUGUGGUUAAACCAUUUUAAAAAAGGAUAUAUUUUUAGAUCAUUCUUGGUGUGGACGGCCCUUUAUUGUGAACAGCGAGCGCUAGCAUGUUGUCGGCUAGCUUGCGAGUUAGCAGUUAGCUCACCAUGUGUCUAGAACCAAAUACUUAAAUAUUUGGUUGUAACACUUUCGGGUGUGAAAUGGCCUUUAAAGUUGAAGUCAGUUUUCUGACUUUUGAUCAAUGGAUAAUAUACUCCUCUGUGGGAUGAGAAAAAUGUUCGACUUCUAGUCUUCCUUUUAAAACCUGCUGAGAAUAAACUUAAAAAUAAAUGUUUUGGGCCAUUUUGGGACUAUUUUUUGUCCAGUAAAAUGCCAACUAUUUGGAUUUUUCUUUCAGGUAAUAAACUCUAUUUGAUCCAAGUCUGGAGGGAAUCAUGAGCCCCAAAGUAAAAACCACAAAUCAGCCUUUUUACGAGUUCGCUGACUGAAAUGUGAAAUCCAGCAUUGCUCAGCUGGAACUGGAGUGACUGAACAGCUGAUCUGAAGUCAGUGUUAACUCCAGCAGCAUUACACAGCUGUAUUUCAAACAUCGUCUCUGACGGUCCCAUCUGGCACAUCCAACUACGUAGUGAUUGUUUUAACAAUUAAUAAUACUCAUCUGUGAAUAUGCCACGACUCACUCAACUAUUCCUGGGGCAGGAGUGGAUCGACCACUCACUGUGUGUGUGUGUGUGUGUGUGUGUGUGUGUUCUCCCCCCGGGAUCAUAGCCAAUUGUAAUGAACCAUAAUUUAACCAACUCUCACUGUAAACACAAACACACGCAGAAUGGUUUUGUCAGCCGCUAUACAGGACUAUAAUUCAAUUUAAAUGAAGAAAAAAAAAAGAAAUAUUGUACAAGUGAGUGUGUGUGUGUAUGUGUGUGUGUGUGUGUGUGUGUGUGUUAUUUUUAUUAUGCAAUGCUGUACAGAAAUGUAUAUUUUUGUAAUGUUCAUCAGGGCAUGAGUUACAAGACAUGGUCGCUGCUGUGAGCAUGAGUUUGUUGUGAGUGUGUGUGUAUGUGUGUGUUUUUUUCCUCUUCUUCUGUGUUCUUCCUAUAAACAAAUGUCUAAAGUUUCUUUGGAAAAAAAAAAAAAGAGUUGUGUGUCAGAUAUGCUGAAAAAGUGCCAUAUUUUUCGACUUUCUAGUGUCUUAUUUGUUUUGGUUUGUGUACAUACACGUUUAUCAGAGGGGUGAUUCUCAUCGUGGAGUCUGAAGUCUGAGUCAGUAAAUCUGUAAACAAACACAAAAAAAUGCAUGGUCAAAAACAGCAACUAUGAGCAGCAGGAUAAAGAAGGGAAAAAAGGUUAUGUAAAAGUACUUGACCUUGAUAUUAUAGAUCACUAUACUGAGACUAUAUCACUAUACAACAGAAAAAAAGACAAAUUUCACCAAUCCAAACUCUAUAUUUUCUUCUGUAACGUCGGCUUUGCAGCAGCAACAUGAGAGAUGAUAACGUUGUUAAAUUGCAGUAAUCUGAACCGUUUUCUUCCCAUAAAACGACUCAACGACAGAGAGACAGUCAGAGAGGGACGGUGCGUGGCAGCGUUGUACGUCACAGGUCUCCAGUGACGUCAUUUUUGUCUGAGUCGUGUCUCAGAGAGCAGGUCGUUUCAAAGACAUGCCUCUCUUUUCCUCUCCAGUCUUUCACAAAAAUCCCUCUCACUUUUUCCUCCCUCUCAUCAUCCUUUUAACUACUUUUUUUUUCCUCUUCAAUCUUGCAGACAACUCCCCCGUCUUCUUUUCCGUUUCAAACAUGUUCGUUCCCAUUCCCUUUUCUUCUCAUUCUUCCCAUCGUUUCAAGCACAUGCCUCUCUUUUUACCAUCACUUUAUCCUCAUGUUUUUUUUUUUACUCCCUUCACUCUUCUCUCUCAUGUCAUUUCUCUCUUUCAAGUCAUUCCCUCGGGACAUCUUUUGCCAGACUCUACACCUUCAUCUCCCGAAUCUCUCUCUCUCUUUUUUUUUUUAAUAUAGCUCUUCUCCCCUCCCUCGUCUCUUCCUCUCGUCUAACAUUUUUGCUAUCCUUGGCCUGCAGGAAGCGAGUCGGCCAGGCUCCGUCUAAAAAUAGUUACCCUGAAAGCAGAUAAAAAGAACGAAAAAAAAAGAACAGCAGAAAAAACGAAAGGGAGGAAAGGGAGGUAGCAAAGGAGAAGAAAUCGACCCUCCCUCCCUGAGCGCAGAAGCAAACCUUUGCUCUGUAGACAGAAACAUUCGCUUCAUCCUCUUCCUUUUUUUCUCUUUCCCUCUCAAGUCUCAUCUUCUUUGCACAAGCAUGCAUUCACCUUCUUUUUGUACACCUCCUUAUCCAUCCUAUUGAAUCCCUUUCUCUUUUUUUGUUUCUCCUGAGCACAAGUAUUAACACAAGGGUUUUUAAAAGCAGGGACCUGGGCGAGUGCCUCCAGCAAAUAAGCAGGACCCCCCCCCCCCCAACCGUCAGUCAGGCUAGGCUAACGUUUUCCCUCUGUAACUUAUAACCUGGCAAAACUUCAGGCAAGCAGAGAUUGUCAAUAAAAAAAAA